AUGUUGCACAACGUCUGCAUAGGGAGAUCGAGACCGCCAGCUCGCUUUUGCAGUAAGCCACUCGAUAUCCCAGAUCGAGAACGCAAGGGUAAGUUCCAUGUUCUUAGUAUUUAUUACACCGUGACCGUGACCGUGACGGUACCGAUGUUAUUUACCGAAAGAUACGCCUCCGUAUUGACGAUGUCCCCACUUGUAGUGGAAACACUAGCUCUCUUGGCCGUAGGGGCCCGCCCCGGAUGUUUGAGCUCAGCCAGCCAAAUACCUGCGGUCAGUCCCUUUGCUACCUUCGCUAAUGUAGGAAUGGUGGAUCCCAUGUGGUGGCAGCAUGAUUCAUCACUAGCAGUGUUAUGA